AGAGAGGGUGCCGUUCAGGUGGAAGAAUACACCAUCCCCCUUGAGAUUGCAGAAGGCCAAGCCAGAUCUGUGGAUAUUUUAGGAGAGAUGCCCUCUAAUGCCAUUCCAGAUGGGGACUUCAAGAUGAAUGUUCGAUUGACAGGAUCUAUGCCAGCCGACACUCUGGAGAGUUCUCUGUCACCUGAAGGCCUGGAAUCGCUGCUGCGUGUUCCACAGGGCUGUGCUGAGCAAACCAUGAUCCUUCUGGCCCCAGGAGUCUUUGCCAUGCGCUACCUGGACCACACAGAGCAAUGGCUGAAGCUCAAACCGGAGAGCAAAGAAAAAGCACUGGAGAAUCUUCGCACAGGCUACCGGCGAAUUCUCUACUUCGGAAGCCGAUGGUCAUCCCUUAUGGAGCUUGGCUCCAAAAGCCUUUAA